GGAGGGGGAUGGAAGCGGCCCGGCUGCUCGGGGGCAGCGGGGCAAAGUAUGAAACGGCCGACACCAGGCAUCAGAUAAGGAGCGCCGCCUCAGCGAGGACCCAGCAAGAAGCAGCUGCAGUGAAAAGAAUGGACAAAGAUGCAGAAGCGUUGCAGGCGGCCAGAGCAGAGCUGAGCGAGGCCCGGCGGCAGUGGCACCACAUGCAGAGCGAGAUCGAAUCCCUGCACGCUGUGGAAAAGGGUUUGGAGCGCUCGCUGCGUGCCACGGAGCAGCAGUACCACAUGCAGCUACAGAACUUAGAGGCGGAGAUUGAAUGCUUGGAGAAGGACCUGCAGGAAGUGAGGAGAGGCAUCGAGAAGCAGCUGCGAGAGCACGAAAUUCUCCUGAACACGAGGAUGAAGCUGGAGGAGGAGAUUGCAACGUACCGCAGCCUGCUGGAGCAGGAGGAGAACAGCUUUACCAGUUCCACACUUAUGGACGUCAGACUUCUCUCAGUGCACUGCAGGUACGGCUGCUCCAUACCCGAGCAGAAGGGCAGGAAGCCCAGCCCCACCACGACCGCCCUCACGCUGCCUGCAGAUGGAGUAAAGAAGCACGAAAGUGACAAGAUGGAGUUGAUGACGAAACAAGCAGUCCUAGAAGGAAAUAUUAUGAAGCAAAGUGCUGAAGCUCAUGGCACUAUAAAGACAGAAAAAGUGGACGAAGUCAUUAAGCAGUGGGAAGGCUCUUUCUUCAAGGACAACCCGCGCUUGAGGAAGAAAUCCGUUUCGCUGCGCUUUGACCUGCACCUGGCAGCGGCCGAGGAAGGGCGCAAACCCAGCCAGCAGAAAGCCCUGCCUGCCAUCGAGGUCAGGCUGGUGAUGAGGCGCUCGUGCAGCAUUCCCUCCAUCACACCCUAGCGCUGGGCACAGCAGGCCGGAGCCCCCGCCGCCAUACGGCCCUGCGCACGACACACAGCGGCGGGGAGAAGAGAGGAGAGGCAGAUCCCACAAAGCCUGACUGCCUCCGGCUUCCUGCUCCGGGCGCAGGCCGCAGU